AUGAAGGAGAAGGGGCAAUCUAGCUUCAAUAAACGAGCACUUGAAUACCGCACGAACCUGGAUUUAAAACCAAGACCACUAGCCCCGAAGCAUCAAGUAAAGUUUCUAGAUGAUCAGAAGAAUGGUUAUUCUGAGCGAAGGAUAGGGAGACUCAUGUCUCCUGAUCAAACAAGCUCUCGGCGUGCGUCCCUACCAAACAACUUGCUGUCCUCAGCAAAGACGAGCUACUCGGUAUCAAAUUAUUCACCUAACCAGGAUUUAACACUAAAUGUAUUUGACAGUGGUUCAACAAGUGCUCAACUACACUCUGACGCAAAUCACUCAACACAACACAACAAAGAAGAGGCUAGGCAGGAACUCCCUCCUUCAGGGGCUCAAGCUUCAGGAAAGUCGAUAAAAAGCCCUGCCGAGAGCAGCAGCGUACCUCAUAAGAAGAGUCGCCGAGCAAAAAGCCAUAACGACCUUGAGGAAGCUGAUGGCGAUGAUGAUAAUCGCCAUAGCAGCGCUGAAGACAAGAAAGAAGAGAAGUUUGCGUGUCCGUUUUACAGAAAAGACCCGGUGCGUUUUCUUGAGUGCAUGAAUCUCCGACUGGUCUCUAUAUCCAUCGUCAAACAACACCUGAAAAGACGGCAUGCAGCAAAUUCAGAUUCAGAUAGACUGGGGUACCGGGAGGGUUUUGCAUUGUCAACAGUGGCAGGGGACCAUAACACAAAGGGAAGCUGUGCACGAGGCAAAACGGAGGGCCUCGAUAGCAUCCCUCCUCAAAUUCUGGAAGCCCUUAAGCUCCGUUCCGAUAGACGCAUGUCAUCCACGGAUCAGUGGCAUGAAAUUUGGCUGCUUCUAUUUGGGGAGUCGGACUUUACGCCGAAGCCGCUUUUGGAUGGUGUUGUGAAGGAAAUGACGGGUAUAAUUCGUGACAUCUGGAGUAGAGACGGUGACCAGAUUGUGUCGAAGCAUAUUCAGACACGAGGUAUGCCAGUUAGUUCGGACCAGUUGUUAUCAUUGCUUCCGGAGCUUCUCGAUUCUGUCGAGGAUCGAUUCGAAAACAAACCUGUUGAGAUGGGUUCAGACCAACAGAUUGCCGGCACCAAAAAGCCUGCGUUGAAAAUGACGACAGAACGAAUAUACAGCGGUCACCGGUACUCUACGGAUCCUUACCAAAUGCCCCAUCAUAUGCCCAACGUUUCUAACUACAUCCCCAUCUCAACUUCAGCUUCUCUUACCAGAGAUUCUCCAACGCCAAUAUUCGGUAUCGAGAAUCCUUAUGAUCUUCGGUCGGUUGGGGGAGUCUUCGAAUUACAGGCCAUGCCCUACUCCCUUACUAGCUUCCCAGCAUACCUGGAACCGCUCAACGAUAGAGGCAUUUCGGAUUCGGUUUAUGAUCCAUGGGGUAUACUUAAGCAGAUUUCUGUGGUAAAAAUGGGGAUGACUGAAGUCCAGCAACAGUGUCUAGAGCUCCAGAACAACUACUAUGAUAACUAUACGGGGGAUCAAGAACUUGACUCGGCGUUACCUUAUAUGUACAGAUGA